AUGUGGAAUAAACGGCUUAGAAACACUUUGUUUCUCAUCUAUCUUUUAAAUUCAUAUUGUUCUGCUUAUAUACAUCCUAUCGAGAUACAAGGUAAGAAAUUUGUAGACUCUGUCACAAAGGAGCCUUUCUUUAUUAAAGGUGUCGAUUAUCAACCAGGCGGUUCCUCAGAAGUAAAUGCAAAAAGUGAUCCUUUAUCAGAUCCCUCCAUUUGUGCUAGAGAUAUUUAUAUGUUUCAGCAAUUGGGUAUUAAUACUAUUAGAAUAUACUCAAUCAAUCCAGAUUUAAAUCAUGAUGCCUGUAUGACAAUGUUGGCUGCUGCUGGAAUUUAUCUAUUAUUAGAUGUAAAUUCUCCAUUACCAAAUCAACACCUAAACAGAUAUGAGCCUUGGACAACGUACAAUGAGGGAUAUAUCAAUCAUGUAUUAAAAGUUACCCAUAAAUUUUCUUUUUACAACAAUACUCUGGGAUUUUUUGCUGGUAAUGAAAUAGUUAAUGAUAAGAAAUCUUCAAAGAAUGCUCCUCCAUAUAUCAAGUCUGUCAUUAACGAUAUGAAGACUUACUCCAGAAAACACUUGCCAAGAAAUAUACCAAUUGGAUAUUCUGCUGCAGAUGAUCUAAAUUAUAGGAUAUCUCUAGCAAAAUAUUUAGAAUGUUCUGAGAGUUCUACUUCAAGUGAUUAUUCUGUUGAUUUCUAUGGUAUCAAUUCUUAUCAAUGGUGUGGUCAGCAAACAAUCAAGACAUCUGGAUAUGAUAAAUUAGUAGAGGCUUAUCAAAAUUACUCAAGACCAGUACUAUUCUCUGAAUUCGGCUGUAAUUUAAUUUUACCAAGACAAUUCGAAGAAAUAAAGGCAUUAUUCUCACCAGAUAUGUAUUCAACUUUUAGUGGCGGGUUGGUUUAUGAGUAUUCACAAGAACCAAAUAACUAUGGUCUGGUGAUGUUAAGUGCUGAUGGAAGUGCAAUGAUGUUAUCUGACUUUGAUAUGCUGAAAAAACAAUAUGCAAAUACAAUAACUCCAAAUGCCAAAGAAUUGGAAAAUAUAUGGGCUCAAAAGCUUGGCAAACAGAGCGAAGUCAACAAACAACCCCUCUGUAAGGCAAAAUAUGAUAAUCUAAGCAUCGAAACAAAGGUUGCCAAAGGAUUAGCGACUAAAUUAAUUGCAAAUGGAGUCAAAAUAGAUCAAGGAAGAUAUAUACAAUUGAAUGAAAGCGAUCUCCAAGUGCAAUAUGAAAUAUAUGAUCUAUCUGGCAAACAAAUUGAUCCCUCUUUAACAAAAGUAAAGGUCACUCAUAAAGUUGAUACUAAUUCUGAAGAUGAUGAUUCCAGCAGUAAAGGUAACAAAUUAGGUGCUGGAACUCCAAACCAAUCGCAAGGAACAAGUUCAAACUCAAAUACAAAUUCAAAUUCGAACUCGAAUUCAAGACAGAAAAGUGCAGGUUCAAUACAUGGUUUCUCCUAUUUUGCUCUCAUAAUAACUUUAUUAUUCCAAAUUUACAAUAGUUGA